GGUUGGUUAGUCCCAUCCCUUACUUGCCAUCAAUCAUUGCUAUUUUUGCAAUUGUGGUCUAGCAUUUCUUUAAAUCUUCUGGCUGCCAUGGAUCUGUGGGGUCUUACCAACUUUGUCCUUGUGGCUAUUGUCUCAUUCUUGUUUUUCCAGUUACUAUGGAGCAAAGGAUCUAAAACAAGUAUCCCUCCUGGCCCAACUCCUCUUCCCAUCCUUGGGAACAUGCUACAGUUGGGCUCCAAGAAUUUUCUCACAUCUUUAGACAAGCUGGCUGAAAAGUAUGGCCCUGUGUACACGAUAUACCUGGGGCUACAGAGAGUCACUAUUUUGCAUGGAUAUGAAGCAGUAAAAGAAGCUCUGAUUGACCAAGGAGAUAAGUUUAUAUACAGAAAAUCAUUACCAAUAUUUGAGGAAGUCUUUAAAGAGUACGGUAUCCUUUCAAACAAUGGUGAAAGGUGGAAGCACAUCCGACGUUUCUCACUCAUGACCAUGAAGAAUUUUGGGAUGGGGAAGAGAACUAUUGAGGAGAGAGUCCAGGAGGAAGCCCAGUGUCUGGUGAAAGAGCUGCAAAACACAAAAGCUCAGGCCUUGGACCCCACCUUCAUCCUCAGUUGUGCUCCCUGCAAUGUGAUCUGCUCUAUCCUCUUUAACCAUCGUUUCAACUAUGAUGAUGAGAAAUUUCUGCACUUGAUGAAAAUGUUAAAUGAAAAUUUUAGGCUCUUAAACACACCAUGGAUCAAGCUCUACAAUGUUUAUCCUUCGCUCAUAAAGCACUUUCCUGGAAGUCAUAGGACCAUCCAUAAAAAUAUUAUUGAAAUUAGGGAUUUCAUAAUGAAUCAGGUGAAGAAGCAUGAAGAAAUUCUGGAUCCAAACAACCCUCAGGACUAUAUCGACUGUUUCCUCAUCAGAAUGCAACAGGAGAAAAUGAAUCCAGAGUCAGAUUUCAGCUAUCAGGAAUUGCUGUCCACUUCAUCUAAUUUAUUUGCUGCCGGUACAGAAACAACAGCCAACACUCUAAGAUAUGGGCUUUUACUGCUUAUGAAAUACCCAGAAAUACAAGCCAAAGUUCAUGAAGAAAUUGACCGAGUGGUUGGCUCAAGCAGGAGGCCCUCCAUGCAGGACAGAAUCAAGAUGCCCUAUGUGGAAGCUGUUGUCCAUGAGAUACAGAGAUAUAUUAGUCUUCUCCCCCUCAGCAUUCCACGAACAACAACUCAGGACAUCCACUUCAGAAACCAUGUGAUUCCCAAGGACACAAUUGUAUUCCCAGUGCUUCACUCCAUCCUGUAUGAUAAAAAAAUAUUUCCUAACCCAUACCAGUUUGACCCAGAGAACUUCUUGACCAAAUCUGGUGACUUUCAGAAGAAUGACCACUUCACACCUUUCUCUUUGGGAAAACGCAACUGUGUUGGAGAGAGUCUAGCUCGGAUGGAGGUGUUUCUGUUCCUGACAACUAUUCUACAGAACUUCACCUUGAAGCCUUUGGUGGAUCCAAAGGAACUUAGCAUCACCCCACUCAUGAGUGGGCUUCUCAAUCUCCCACCAAUUUAUAAAUUAUCUCUUCUUCCUAGAUAAUUGAUAUCUUUUUGGCCGCAAUUUCAUUACUUUGUUCCCACAGCAUAGUCAAUUUCUGUUUCGUAUGAUAUUCUUGAUAUCUGGUCUUAGAAAGAUGCUGCUAUCCUCUUCAAGUUAAGAAUAAUGUCUGAAGAGGUCCUGCAAGAGAGAAAUACAAGACAAAAGAACAAUGGAGUCACCACAGCCUAAUAUUUAGCCUAAUAUACUUUUUUGGCAGCAGCAAAGAACUGCAUCAAAGGGAAGUCAUAUGCUCAGUUUAAGAUUUCAUCUCCAAUCUUAAAUUCUGGAAAAUUUGCAAAUUGUCCUUCAUGACCUGGUCAUUGUUUCUAAAUUUUGUUAUAGUACUAUAUACAAAGAAAUAAAGGAAUUAUAUCUUGGAAUUA